GCCCGGGCGACAGUCUUACGUCUGCCCAUCUCGACUCCGAGACCUGCCCCGAACAGUCUCUCCAUUCAUUUCAUCCACCUUUUGAAAUCGACUGAGAAGUCUGAGCGUGACAAUCUUUGGAAAACAUGGCUCCGAGCAAGUACACGCUGGCCACUCGGCUCACCCUCGCGAAUGGCAAAACUAUCCCGCAGAUCCAGCUGGGUCUGUACAUGAUGUCCGGCCGCGAGGUCACAAAGGCCGUCCCCUGGGCUCUGGCCGCUGGCUACCGGGGCUUCGACUGCGCGCAGAUGUACCGCAACGAGAGGGAGGCGGGCAAGGCGAUCCGCGACUUCCUGGCGAGCGGAGAGAAUUCCCAAGGCCUGACGCGGGAGGAUAUCUUCUACACGACCAAGCUGGCCAGCAACAGUACCUCGUACGACGCCGUGCGCAAGUCCAUCAAGCAGUCCGUCGACGUCUCCGGCCUCGGCUACGUCGACCUGUUCCUGCUCCACAGCCCGUACGGCGGCAAGGAGGCCCGCCUCACGAGCUGGAAGGCUGUGGAAGAUGCGAUAGACGCCGGCGAGGUGAAGAUGGGCGGCAUCAGCAACUACGGUGCUGCCCACAUUGAGGAGCUGAUGGCCUCCAAGCCUCGCAUCGCCCCCGUUGUCAACCAGAUCGAGGUUCACCCGUUCAACACCCAGACGCACAUCAGGGAGACGUGCGCCAAGCACAACAUCGCCAUCGAGGCCUAUGCGCCGCUGGCUCGUGGAAUGCGCAUGAAGCACCCCAAGAUCCUCGAGCUGUCCAAGAAGUACGGCUGCACUCCGGCCCAGCUCUUCGUUCGCUGGUCGCUGGACCACAACAUGAUCACUCUCCCCAAGAGUGUGCGCCGGGACCGUCUGAUUGAAAACGCCGACGUUUCAGGCUUUGAAAUCUCAAAGGAAGACUUGGCUGCUAUGGAUGCACUGGACGAGCACUUGGUCACUGACUGGGACCCGACUGAGGCUCCAUGAACAGGUUAUGAGAUGGUGAGAAAGCAUGCGAAUCUUUAUCUAAGCGUCAAGCAGUGUUUAGUCUGUUCUUUAAGUUGCAAUCGCCUGAAAAUGGUUUGCCAUUCUUGGGCAAAGCCUCGGGAGUACUCGGAUACUUUGAUCAAGCAAGAGCAUGCGGAAAGGUCUGCGCGGCAGCAGCUCGCAUGCGAGAUCCUUGAUGCUGCAGCGUUUAUAUCUCCCAGCCGAUAAUAUUCUAUACCCUUAUGGUAUCUUCGAGAACCUUAGCCCCAGCUUCUUCCCUUGUGUUGCAGUACAGAUAUGAAU